AAGAGACGGGUGAACGCCGUUGUGGGGCGGUCCUGUCGAGGGCGACGGAGCUAGGUUGCCACUCUCGGGCUACCUCGUGGCACGAGGGUCAGGCGAGCGUCACGCGGAGGUUCGUUUCCCAGACGAGCACGGCACGGCCGGGGCCACGGCACUCUUCACCCUCCCAGGAACCCUGGAAGUGGCUGUCAGGUUCAGGUCUCUGAGCAAGGCCAGGGUGGCUCCUGUUUUCCAGGAUGGACUUCCCCAGCUCCCUCCCACCCUCGUUGUUUACGACUGGCCCCCUUGGUCUGAGCGAUGUCCCUGACGUGUCCUUCAUGUGCAGCUGGAGAGACGCGCUGACCCUGCCGGAGUCCCUGCCCCAAGGUCCUGAGAACGCGGCACCGCACGUGGCCAAGGGCCUGCUCUGGGAGCCGGACACCCCCGGGCCGCUGCCCUUGCUGCCUCCUGGUCCCGAUCCCUGGGACCCCGGCGUGACUGCCCAGGAUCUGCUUUUCCGGGGAGGUUACCAGUUCCGUAGACAGCCCCAAGCCGUGCUGGACGUUACUGAGCAGCUCAGCCGGUUCUUGUGGGACCAUGGGGACAUAGCCUUUGCACCCCUGGGGAAGCUGAUGCUGGAGAAUUUCAAACUGGAGGGAGCACGGGGCCGCUCUAAGAAGAAGACAGUGGUCAGCGUGAAGAGGCUACUCCAGGACCUCGGUGGACACCAGCCCUGGGGCUGUCCCUGGGCUUACCUCAGCCACCGCCAGCGCCGGUUCUCCAUCCUUGGGGGCCCGAUCCUCAGCACGUCGGUGGCGAGCCUCCUGGGGGAGCUGCUGCAUGAGGAGCUGGCCCUGCGGUGGGAGCAGCUGCUCCUGGAUGACGCCUUCACUGGGGGUGCGCUGGCCUGGGUGCCCGGCAGGACGCCCAGGGCUGGGCAGCUGGUCUACCCUGCAGGAGGCGCCCUGGACAGGCUGUACUUCCAGAAGGUCAGCCUGACCCCAGGCAGUGAGCCCCGGGUUCUCGGAGGCCCUGGCCAUAUCCGGCUCCGGGGACCUGUCCGGCAGGUGGUGACCCGCACCGUGCAGGGAGAAGGUAAGGCCCAUAGACGCCUCCCCCCUCCACUCACUGACCUGUUGCCUGACUCUGACCCUGACCCUGAUCCUCUCCAUCCCUCAGCUCUGCUGGCUGUCCGCUCUGACUACCACUGUGCCUUGUGGAAGGUCAGUAAGCAGGGGCAGCCGGCCCCUCUCCAGGUGUUGCAGGUCGAGAAGGGGGCCACAGGGAUCAGCCUCAGCCCUCACCUGCCUGGAGAGCUGGCCAUCUGCAGCCGUUCCGGAGCCAUCUGUCUGUGGACUCCCCAGGACGGGCUGCGGCAAAUCUACAAGGACCCCGAGACCCUUGUGUUCCGGGACCCCUCUCCCUGGCGUUGGGCAGACUUCACCGCCCACCCUCGAGUGCUGACUGUGGGUGAUCGCACCGGAGUGAAGAUGGUGGACACUCAGGGCCCGCCGGGCUGUGGUCUGCUGCUUUUUCGUGGAGGGGCAGAAGCAUCGUGCCAGAAAGGGGAGCGGGUCCUGCUCACCCAGUACCUGGGGGAGUGUGGCCCCGAGUGUCUGCACCCCACGCUGCACCUCAUCUGCACCCAGUUCUCGCUGUACCUGGUGGAUGAGCGCCUCCCCUUGGUGCCCCUGCUGAAGUGGAACCACGGCCUCCCCUCCGCGCCCCUGCUGGCCCGGCUGCUGCCCCCGCCCCGCACAGGCCUCCCGCGGCCGCUGCUCCUGGCGGGCCAGGGUGGGGAGCUGCAGCUGCUGCACAUCGCAGGAGAGGGGGCCUCCACGCCCCGGCUGGCAGGGCCGCCCCAGUCUCUCCCUUCCAGGAGCGACUCCCUCUCUGCCUUCCCCCUGCUGGAGCCCAAGAGUCAGUGGCGGCUGCAGGAACGUCUGAAAGCACCAGCCAUAGGUCUGGCCACCGCCAUCCCACCCUCCGCUUCCACACCGGUGCUGUCGCUCUUCCAACUUUCGGCGGCUGGAGACGUCUUCCACCAGCACCUCCACCUCCAGGGAGAGGCCGGUCCUGACUCUCCUGCCCCCACGGCUUCCUGGACCCCCCAGGCCACUGCCUCCUGCAGCCGGUGGCUGAAGGCCCUGCUGGAGGUGCCCCUGGCUCCCCCCGUGUGGGCUGCACCCACCUUCUCCCACCGCCGCCUGCUGGGCUGCUUUGAGCCUCAAAAGGCAGAGGGCAAAGCGCCAGAGGGUCUUCGCAUGGCCAUGGCCAAAGGGCGUCUCCUGCAGCCGAGGGACCUGGGCUUGCUCCCCACGGAAGAGCGGGCCCCCGCCCCCGAGCCAGGCCCCGAGGACGAGCUCAGCGAGCGUUUGGAGGCAGCCUGGGAGGGCCAGGCGGCGGCCUGGUGGGAGAGGCGGCGGGGCAGCGGCUCGGGGCCCGGCAAACAGCCCAAGCGGCACAAGCGCCGGACUCAACUGUCCAGCACCUUCUCCUCACUCAGCGGCCGCUUAGACCUCUCAGACGCCACCAGCCCCCCUCCCAGCCCAGAGCGGACACUCCCCGAAGCCAGGCCUCAGCCCCCAGUGACCCCGCCCUCCCAGGAGUCCACCCAGGAGCUGUGGGCCCGGGGCGUCCCCUCGGAGCGGCAGCAGACCCUCCGGGACUACAUGGCUGAGCUGCCGCUCCGAGGGGAUGCCCCGGGGGCUGCCUCUGUGCCUUCCUCCCAGACCUCCAGCGUCCGGGCCACCCCCUCCCGGCAGCGGGCAGCCGUCCGCUCCGGCUCUCAGCCACACUGGAAGAAGCCCCGCAUGGGCUUCUGACGCCCAGGGAAGCUGCCCCCCACCUCCAGGGAGCCCUUUGUCCUGCAUAAGCUGUGCCUUUUGUGGUUGAAACGGGCCAGGGUGCAGACCUUCCUGCUUUCCGAAGGCCUUCGUGACUGCGGGAGACAUUCAGAAGCGAUUUGAGUCCACGUUGGAGGAAGGAGCACAAGGUAGUCGUUUCUCCUGUAGCUCGUGCUCCCGGGGGCACGUUGAGAAGUCCUGGGAGCCCCGUCCUGAAGGUCAGUGUCGCCGGGAUCCCCUCUAGCCGACAGUGUCGUGCCGGAAAGCGGGGGCUCCAGGCGGCCGAGGGCUCCGCCACGCACGGGCCCCCGGGGACGUGGCGGUGACGGUGAAGUGAGCUGCCCAGCCUGCCGGUGCUCCACUGCUGGGUGUUAGGUGUGGGUGUGUGAAGCGGUUUCUAGCACCAUCUAACGUUUUGUAGAGGGAGGCACUUUGGACCCACGUUUAGGGGUUGAAUAAACUUGUCAGCUGA